GACCGCGCACGUCGAGCGCUGGAAAGUAUUACGGAAGCAGCAAAAGGUACUGGAAAUUUGAUGGAUGCAGCGGUGGAAGCAUCACGCGCCCGAUGCACCGUCGGUGAGAUUAGUGACGCGAUGGAAAAAGUAUUUUCAAGGUACGCAGCAACAAUUCGAAUGGUAAGCGGCGCCUACAAAUCGGCGUACGGCGACAACAGCGAGAUUGCGAAUGUCAUGGAAAGGGUGAACUUUUAUUUCAUACACUGUUCAAACGCCACAUUAAGGAAUAUGUCGAGAAUUUGUUUGAUUAUUUUCACUUGA